AUGUCAGGCGGUAAAGGUGGUAAAGCAGGUUCUACAGCUAAGGCUUCUCAAUCUAGAUCAGCUAGAGCUGGUUUAACUUUCCCAGUUGGUAGAAUCCAUAGAUUAUUAAGAAAAGGUAAUUAUGCUCAAAGAAUUGGUUCUGGUGCUCCAGUCUACUUGACAUCAGUCUUAGAGUAUUUGACCGCCGAAAUUUUAGAAUUAGCUGGUAACGCUGCUAGAGAUAACAAAAAAACAAGAAUUAUUCCAAGACAUUUGCAAUUGGCUAUUAGAAAUGAUGACGAGUUGAACAAAUUGUUAGGUAAUGUCACUAUUGCUCAAGGUGGUGUUUUACCAAAUAUUCAUCAAAACUUGUUACCAAAGAAAUCCAAGUCUUCUAAAGCUUCUCAAGAAUUAUAA